AUGGUGCCCUCCCUGUUUUCCUCUCCCUUUCCCCCUGUCCUCCUCUCCCUUUCCCCCUGUCCUCCUCUCCCUUUCCCCCUGUCCUCCUCUCCCUUUCCCCCUGUCCUCCUCUCCCUUUCCCCCUGUCCUCCUCUCCCUUUCCCCCUGUCCUCCUCUCCCUUUCCCCCUGUCCUCCUCUCCCUUUCCCCCUGUCCUCCUCUCCCUUUCCCCCUGUCCUCCUCUCCAUUUCCCCCUGUCCUCCUCUCCCUUUCCCCCUGUCCUCCUCUCCCUUUCCCCCUGUCCUCCUCUCCCUUUCCCCCUGUCCUCCUCUCCCUUUCCCCCUGUCCUUCUCUCCCUUUCCCCCUGUCCUCUCCAUUUCCCCCUGUCCUCCUCUCCAUUUCCCCCUGUCCUUCUCUCCCUUUCCCCCUGUCCUCCUCUCCCUUUCCCCCUGUCCUUCUCUCCCUUUCCCCCUGUCCUCCUCUCCCUUUCCCCCUGUCCUUCUCUCCCUUUCCCCCUGUCCUCCUCUCCAUUUCCCCCUGUCCUCCUCUCCCUUUCCCCCUGUCCUCUCCCUUUCCCCCUGUCCUCCUCUCCAUUUCCCUCUGUCCUCCUCUCCCUUUCCCCCUGUCCUCCUCUCCCUUUCCCCCUGUCCUCCUCUCCCUUUCCCCCUGUCCUCCUCUCCCUUUCCCCCUGUCCUCCUCUCCCUUUCCCCCUGUCCUCCUCUCCAUUUCCCCCUGUCCUCCUCUCCAUUUCCCCCUGUCAUCCUCUCCCUUUCCCCCUGUCCUCCUCUCCCUUUCCCCCAGUCCUCCUCUCCAUUUCCCCCUGUCCUUCUCUCCCUUUCCCCCUGUCCUUCUCUCCCUUUCCCCCUGUCCUUCCCUCCCACCUUUCCUCCCCCUCUCUCACAUCCCUUCCCUUUCCUACUGUCCUCUCCCACCAUUCACGCUUCUCUCAGCCAUCCCUUUCCCCCCUCCCCUGCCCCUCGCCUUCCCCCACUACCGUCCCUUCCCUUUCCACUACGUUCUCUCGUUCAAUUCAGCCAACAAAGCUUCCCGUCGCCCUCAUUCCAUCUUCCCGUCGCCCUCAUUCCAUCUUCCCGUCGCCCUCAUUCCAUCUUCCCGUCGCCCUCAUUCCAUCUUCCCGUCGCCCUCAUUCCAUCUUCCCGUCGCCCUCAUUCCAUCUUCCCGUCGCCCUCAUUCCAUCUUCCCGUCGCCCUCAUUCCAUCUUCCCGUCGCCCUCAUUCCAUCUUCCCGUCGCCCUCAUUCCAUCUUCCCGUCGCCCUCAUUCCAUCUUCCCGUCGCCCUCAUUCCAUCUUCCCGUCGCCCUCAUUCCAUCUUCCCGUCGCCCUCAUUCCAUCUUCCCGUCGCCCUCAUUCCAUCUUCCCGUCGCCCUCAUUCCAUCUUCCCGUCGCCCUCAUUCCAUCUUCCCGUCGCCCUCAUUCCAUCUUCCCGUCGCCCUCAUUCCAUCUUCCCGUCGCCCUCAUUCCAUCUUCCCGUCGCCCUCAUUCCAUCUUCCCGUCGCCCUCAUUCCAUCUUCCCGUCGCCCUCAUUUCCCGUCCCGUCGCCCUCGUUUCCCUUCCCGUCGCCCUCAUUUCCCUUCCCGACGCCCCCAUUUCCCUUCCCGUCGCACUCAUUUCCCUUCCCGUCGCACUUAUUUCCCGACCCGGCGCACUUAUUUCCCUUCCCGUCGCCCUCAUUUCCCGUCCCGUCGCCCUCAUUUCCCUUCCCGUCGCACUCAUUUCCCUUCCCGUCGCCCUCAUUUCCCUUCCCGUCACCCCCCAUUACCCUUCCCGUCGCAAACAUUACCCUUCCCGUCGCCCUCAUUUCCCUUCCCGUCGCACUCAUUUCCCUCGAGUCCUCCCUCCCCCUCAUCCGCCCUUCCUCCACCUCUCCAUCCUCUCAUCCUCCCUUCAUCUCAUCCUCCCUUCCUCUUAUCCGCCCUUCCUCUCAUCCUCCUUUCCUCUCAUCCACCCUUCCUCUCAUCCUCCCUUCUCUCAUCCUGUCUCCCUCUCAUCCUCUCUCCCUCUCGUCCGCCCUGCGUCUCGACCUUCCUUCCUCUCGUCCUCCCUCCCCGUCUUCCGCCCUCCCCCUCAUCCGCCCUCCCUCUCAUCCUCCCUUCAUCUCAUCCUCCCUUCCUCUUAUCCGCCCUUCCUCUCAUCCUCCUUUCCUCUCAUCCUCCCGCCCUCUCAUCCGCCCUUCUCUCAUCCUCUCGCCCUCUCAUCCGCCCUCCCUCUCAUCCUCCCUUCAUCUCAUCCUCCCUUCAUCUCAUCCACCCAUACUCUCAUCCUCCCUUCCUCUCAUCCUCCCUUCCUCUCAUCCUCCUCUCCUCUCAUCCUACCCUUCCUCACAUCCUCUCUUCCUCUCAUCCUCCCUUCCUCUCAUCCGCCCUUCUCUCUCUCAUCCUCCCGCCCUCUCAUCCGCCCUUCUCUCAAGGGCUCGCCCUCUCAUCCUCUCUCCCUCUCAUCCUCUCUCCAUCUCAUCCUCCCUUCAUGAAAUCCACCCAUCCUCUCAUCCUCCCUUCCUCUCAUCCUCCCUUCCUCUCAUCCUCCUCUCCUCUCAUCCUCUCUCCCUCUCAUCCGCCCUCCCUCUCAUCCUCCCUUCAUCUCAUCCUCCUUUCCUCUCAUCCUCCCUUCCUCUCAUCCGCCCUUCUCUCUCUCAUCCUCUCUACCUCUCAUCCUCCCGCCCUCUCAUCCGCCCUUCCUCUCGUCCUCCCUUCCUCUCGUCCUCUCCCCCCUUCUUCCGCCCUCCCCCUCAUCCGCCCUUCCUCACAUCCUCUCUUCCUCUCAUCCUCCCAACCUCUCAUCCGCCCUUCUCUCUCUCUUCCUCCCGCCCUCUCAUCCGCCCUUCUCUCAUCCUCUCGCCCUCUCAUCCGCCCAUCCUCUCAUCCUCCCUUCAUCUCAUCCUCCCUUCAUCUCAUCCACCCAUCCUCUCAUCCUCCCUUCCUCUCAUCCUCCCUUCCUCUCAUCCUCCUCUCCUCUCAUCCUACCCUUCCUCACAUCCUCUCUUCCUCUCAUCCUCCCUUCCUCUCAUCCGCCCUUCUCUCUCUCAUCCUCCCGCCCUCUCAUCCGCCCUUCUCUCAUCCUCUCGCCCUCUCAUCCGCCCAUCCUCUCAUCCUCCCUUCAUCUCAUCCUCCCUUCAUCUCAUCCACCCAUCCUCUCAUCCUCCCUUCCUCUCAUCCUCCCUUCCUCUCAUCCUCCUCUCCUCUCAUCCUCUCUCCCUCUCAUCCGCCCUCCCUCUCAUCCUCCCUUCAUCUCAUCCUCCUUUCCUCUCAUCCUCCCUUCCUCUCAUCCGCCCUUCUCUCUCUCAUCCUCUCUACCUCUCAUCCUCCCGCCCUCUCAUCUGCCCUUCCUCUCGUCCUCCCUUCCUCUCGUCCUCCCCCCCCCUUCUUCCGCCCUCCCCCUCAUCCGCCCUUCCUCUCAUCCACCCAUCCUCUCAUCCUCCCUUCCUCUCAUCCACCCAUCCUCUCAUCCUCCCUUCAUCUUAUCCUCCCUUCCUCUUAUCCGCCCUUCCUCCAAACCUCCCUUCCUCUCAUCCUCCUCUCCUCUCAUCCACCCUUCCUCUCGUCCUCCCUUCCUCUCGUCCGCCCUUCCUCUCAUCCGCCCUUCCUCUCAUCCUCCCUUCCUCUCAUCCGCCCUUCCUCUCAUCCGCCCUUCUCUCUCUCAUCCUCCCGCCCUUUCAUCCGCCCUUCCGCUCGUCCUCCCUUCCUCUCGUCCUCCCUCCCCUUCUUCCGACCUCCCCCUCAUCCGCCCUUCCUCUCAUCCGCCCAUCCUCUCAUCCUCCCUUCAUCUCAUCCUCCUUUCCUCUCAUCCUCCCUUCCUCUCAUCCGCCCUUCUCUCUCUCAUCCUCCCGCCCUUUCAUCCGCCCUUCCUCUCGUCCUCCCUUCCUCUCGUCCUCCCUCCCCUUCUUCCGACCUCCCCCUCAUCCGCCCUUCCUCUCAUCCGCCCAUCCUCUCAUCCUCCCUUCAUCUCAUCCUCCUUUCCUCUCAUCCUCCCUUCCUCUCAUCCGCCCUUCUCUCUCUCAUCCUCUCUACCUCUCAUCCUCUCUCCCUCUCAUCCGCCCUUCCUCUCGUCCUCCCUUCCUCUCGUCCUCCCUCCCCUUCUUCCGACCUCCCCCUCAUCCGCCCUUCCUCUCAUCCGCCCAUCCUCUCAUCCUCCCUUCAUCAGAAACUCAGGAUGCGAGGGUGCUGCGAUGGAAGAGAGGAGAGGUGGGAUGGAAGGGAUUGAGGAUGGGCAACCCAGAAAGGGGACGGCAUGGGAGCUAG